CGGACGGGAGGGCGGCGCGUCCUCCCGGGGCAUCCCGGCCAGCCCCAGCCUCGACCCCCUCCCGCCUGUCGGCGCCCUGACCCCUCCCACCGGCCUCGACCUCGAGUUGGGUGAAGACCCGCUAGCCUGCGCACCAGUGCCUCCAGCGAACGCUGUUCACCUUUGCAGAUGAAUGGACGGGACAGAAGGCAGUGCUGGGCAACCGGGCCCCGCCGAGCGGUCCCAUCGAAGCAGCGUGUCCUCCGUGGGAGCCCGAGCCACACUUUGAGAGACGGGUGUUCUCCCUGCUUUAAGAUGAGGCAACUGACAUUCACACCUGCUGAAGAAGUCCGCGUGUUAGCGGGGGCCCAGGCUAGGAUUGGAACCCAAGUCUAUUGGCCUCCAGGCUCGGUGCUCCCCUAUGGUUCCUGCAGCUCCAGGGAUGGGGAUUUGAAUCUGGCUACUCUUCCAAGGGUCUUCCUUCAGCACCAGACUCCAGAUAAGAUCAUACGGGCUAUCACAACAGCUGACGUCCUGGUGUACCUGGCGGAUGACACAGUGGUGCCCUUGGCUGUGGAGAACCUGCCCUCGCUUAGCGCCCAUGAGCUGCACCGAGCUGUCCGUGAGGUCCUGCAGCUCCCGGACAUUGCCCUAGAUGCCUUCGCACUCUGGCUUGUGUCCCCUCUGCUGGAGGUGCAGCUGAAGCCCAAGCACCAGCCCUACAAGCUGGGCCGCCAGUGGCCAGAACUGCUCCUGCGCUUCACUGAUGCUCCUGACGAUGACGUGGCCAUGGAUGAGCCUUCCCUGCAGUUCCGAAGGAACGUGUUUUUCCCAAAGCGGCGGGAGCUCCAGAUCCAUGAUGAGGAGGUCCUGCGGCUGCUCUAUGAGGAGGCCAAAGGCAACGUGCUGGCCGCACGGUACCCAUGCGACGUGGAGGACUGUGAGACCCUGGGCGCCCUGGUGUGCCGCGUGCAACUCGGGCCCUACCAGCCUGGCCAGCCCACUGCCUGUGCCCUGAGGGAGAAGCUGGAUUCCUUCCUCCCUGCCCACCUCUGCAAGCGGGGCCAUGGGCUCUUUGCGGCACUCCGGGGCCGAGGGGCCAAGGCGGGGACAGGUGAACAGGGCCUGCUGAAUGCUUACUGCAAAGUGAAGGAAGCUGGCGACGGUGAGCACGGGGCCUCCCUGAGCACCCACUACCGUGCCUACCUCCUCAAGAGCCACGAGCUGCCCUUUUACGGGUGUGCCUUCUUCCAUGGCGAGGUGGACAAACCGGCCCAGGGCUUUUUACACCGGGGUGGGCGAAAGCAAGUGGCCGUGGCCAUCAGCUUGGAGGGCGUGCAUGUCAUUGACAGCAGGGAGAAGCAUGUCCUGCUGGGCCUGCGCUUCCAGGAACUGUCGUGGGACCACACCUCCCCCGAGGAGGAGGAGUCUGUCCUGUGGCUAGAGUUUGAUGGGGACAACGAGGGCACACCGGUCAACAAGCUCCUUAAGAUCUACUCCAAGCAGGUAGCAGUGACUGGAUCUUUUGGGGUGCUCUCUGAUGUUCCAGCAUCAAAUUCACCUGUCUUGACUUUCCAUUCCAUUGCUGAGGGAUGCUUGGGUUUCCGGUUUAUGACUAUCGCCAGUGACACUCGUGAUCGCUGCCAUGCGUGUCCUUUGUGCGCGUGUGUGGGUGUACACCCGGGAGUGGAACGGCUGGGCCAGCAGGCCGAGCUGAUGAGCAGUCUCAUCGAGUACUGCAUUGAGCUGAACCAGACUUCAGAGCCUGCUGCCUCCCAGGAAAAUGUGUCUGGCACCCCCUCAGCUGCUGGUGCCCCACCACCUCCCAUUCAGCGCCCACAGCUGCGGAGGCAGGGCAGCGUGGUAUGCAGCCGCCUCCAGCAUCUCUCCACCAUUGACUACGUGGAGGAAGGUCAGCAGAUCAAGCGGGUGAAACCAAAGCGCACCACAUCCUUCUUCAGCCGGCAGCUCUCCAUGGGCCAGGGGAGCUACACCGUGGUGCAGCCCACCGACAGCCUGGAGCAGGGCUGAGGGUGGCAGUGCCGGGCAGGGGGAGGGCACAGGGAGGUCCUCCCUGGACCUAGCCCAGCGCUCUUCUCCCAAGGGGCAGGACCAGGCUGUGGCUCUGGUGUUGCGUAGGAGGAUUACCUCGGAGAAGAAAGAAGCAGCUUCUGUGCCCGUGGUGGUACAUGGGCCACGCAGAGCUGGCUGGGGACUCCCGCAGGGUCUUCCUUGCAGCCUGCCUGCCUUCCCCCUGGACUCAGCCCCACUGCUGUCUCAGGACCAUCUGAGGAGGUUCUGGCCACCUCCUCCCAGCCAGGGAUGUGCCCUUCUCAAGAUGGACAGUGUCCCCGGCUCUGAAGUCCUCAGUGACAGCCCUGAUGGCAGGUGGCCAACAAAUAGGGUUCAGGACUAUAGGUCCGAUGUGUGUCUUUGGUCUUUUCCCUGGACUUUGGUGACCACAUCCCUGCAUUUCUUCUGCCACAUUCCACCCACGCUGCCAGUCUGGGCAUGGCCCUGAGCGGUGGGAAGGAGGCCUCCCUGGACUGAACCACAGCAGGAACAGAGAGAGUGAAGCCUCCCACCCAUACUCUCUCUGGCUGGAUGGAACUGGAGGGAGCCGGGCAAGGCCUGGCUCAGGGAGCACUCUGUGCUCCUCACUCAGGCCUCUUGUGGUCAGGACACAUUCUGACUGGAGGGAAAGUGCCUUUUUGCCAGCUUUUGAUAACAACACUGUUCCAGGAGGUGGCUGCCCUGUGGACCAAUGUGCCCACCAGAUCCACACUCUACACUUAAAGAGGCUCCCAAACCACCCUGGGCUUCAGGUUCUAGUUUUGCUCUUUUUUCAUCUGCUUCAGUUCCACAAAGCCUGUGAACUCUGGGGUAACGAGAAGAUGCCCCCACCAACCUCAGAGCUGCUGGCUCUCCUUCAAGAUGGCGCCAUGGCGUCCACCCUCCUGACCCUGGGGGUGGCCCAUGCAGGCAAACGUCCUAUGCAACUUGGUCUCCUCUUUCCAGGGACAUUGUAGGGAGGCUGGAUGUGGCACUGGGCAUGGUUUUUAACCUGCUU